AUGUGUGAUACCUUGGCAAUAGGAGAUGCAGCAGAGGGGAGGAGGGGCAGAGAAGAGGAGGGGAAGAGGGGAGGAGGAACAGGAGCAGCCGCUUCUGCUCUUCUCUUGUUGAUAUGCAUAGCAUGCUUGGGGAGCACUGAAGUGAAGACCCCCAACUGGGGCAUCAGGUGGUGUGCGGCAGGGGCUGCUGACGGCGUUAGGGCUGGCCCCCCUAACGUCCGAAGCACCCCUGUGUGCUUUGCCUGGUUUGAGCGGGGGCUUGUGGGACGCUUCAUGCCCUCUGCUCGUGCCUCUCCGGGGCUGCGGAGUGGAGGUGGACUGCACGGCACGCCAGCAACGGUCGUCGGUGGUGGUGGGUUUUGUAAGUGUAGGUCCCACACGAAGGGUCCCCACCUCAACGUGGUGUGUGGGUGUAACACUAGGGGUUAA